GCGGGGCCAGGACGCAGGGCGGGCAGUGGCGACCAGCGGGAGAAGGAAGAACAUGGCGGGCGCGGCAGGGUCCGUGUCCGGCCCGGGGGCAGCGGGCGGAGAUGGAGACGAUUCGCUAUACCCGAUCGCAGUUUUAAUCGAUGAGCUCCGUAAUGAGGACGUGCAGCUCCGUCUCAACAGUAUUAAGAAGCUAUCAACAAUUGCUCUAGCUCUUGGAGUAGAAAGAACUAGAACUGAACUGCUGCCAUUCCUUACUGAUACAAUCUAUGAUGAAGAUGAAGUACUGCUAGCUCUUGCUGAACAGCUGGGAAAUUUCACUGGCUUUGUGGGAGGUCCUGACUUUGCUCAUUGUCUGUUGCCUCCUUUGGAAAGUCUGGCAACUGUGGAAGAGACUGUCGUUCGUGACAAGGCCGUAGAGUCCCUGAGGCAUAUCUCCCAGGAACAUACUCCUGUGGCUCUGGAAGCUCAUUUUGUACCCCUGGUGAAGCGCCUAGCAAGUGGGGAUUGGUUCACUUCUCGCACAUCUGCGUGUGGUUUGUUCAGCGUUUGCUAUCCCAGGGCUUCCAAUGCUAUCAAGGCAGAAAUUAGACAACACUUCCGUUCUCUAUGCUCAGAUGACACACCAAUGGUCCGACGUGCUGCUGCUUCCAAAUUGGGUGAAUUUGCAAAAGUUUUGGAAUUAGAAAGUGUGAAAAGUGAAAUUGUUCCAUUGUUUACUAAUCUAGCUUCAGAUGAACAGGAUUCGGUGCGUCUCCUAGCUGUGGAAGCCUGUGUCAGUAUUGCCCAGAUACUGACUCAGGAUGACCUUGAGACUUUGGUGAUGCCUACACUUCGACAGGCAGCGGAAGAUAAAUCUUGGCGAGUUCGAUAUAUGGUAGCUGACAAAUUUUCAGAGCUCCAGAAAGCUGUGGGUCCCAAAAUCACCCUCAGUGACCUCAUCCCCGCCUUUCAGAACCUUCUUAAGGACUGUGAAGCUGAAGUCCGAGCAGCUGCUGCCCACAAAGUGAAAGAACUCUGUGAGAACUUACCCAUUGAAGGUAGAGAGACCAUAAUUAUGAAUCAAAUUCUACCCUAUAUAAAGGAAUUAGUUUCUGAUACAAAUCAACAUGUCAAAUCAGCUCUAGCUUCUGUAAUUAUGGGAUUGUCUACCAUUUUGGGCAAAGAAAAUACCGUUGAACAUCUUCUACCUCUUUUUUUAGCUCAGUUAAAGGAUGAGUGUCCUGAAGUUCGUUUGAAUAUCAUAUCGAAUUUGGAUUGUGUAAAUGAAGUGAUUGGAAUCUGUCAGCUCUCUCAGUCUCUGCUUCCUGCCAUCGUGGAGCUGGCUGAAGAUGCCAAGUGGAGGGUCCGGCUGGCCAUCAUUGAGUAUAUGCCACUGCUGGCGGGUCAGCUGGGUGUGGAAUUCUUUGAUGAAAAGCUGAAUUCUUUAUGUAUGGCCUGGCUUGUGGACCAUGUAUAUGCUAUCAGAGAAGCUGCCACAAACAACCUCAUGAAACUUGUUCAGAAGUUUGGUACAGAGUGGGCCCAGAACACCAUUGUUCCCAAAGUUUUAGUAAUGGCAAAUGAUCCUAAUUACUUGCAUAGAAUGACCACAUUAUUCUGCAUUAAUGCCCUGUCUGAAGCCUGUGGUCAGGAAAUAACCACUAAGCAAAUGUUACCCAUCGUAUUAAAAAUGGCAGGAGACCAAGUAGCAAACGUUCGCUUCAAUGUAGCCAAAUCUCUACAGAAAAUUGGACCAAUUCUAGACACUGAUGCUUUGCAGGGGGAAGUUAAGCCAGUACUUCAGAAGUUAGGCCAAGAUGACGACAUGGAUGUGAAAUAUUUUGCACAGGAAGCAAUAAGUGUUCUUGCAUUGGCAUAAUGAGGAAAAGGAGGGAAAAAGACUUUACUAAAUUGUUAUCACAGAUUUCUAGUCAAUGUGUUCUUAAGCUGGGUGGAGAAGUGGAAAACCUUCAAGAUCUCAUCCAAGCAAAUGGCAACAACUUACAAGAAAUCAAAUUUCAGAGACUUGAUUGUUUCUAAAGAUGAAAUGGGAUUCUUUUUUAUUUGUCUUCCUUGUUGGGAUAAUUAUUUAAGCCAUCCUUACUGUUUCUGACCAGUCCCUGACACUCGGUACAGUCAUCUCUUUGAUUGUCUCCUAAUGGCUGUCUGUGACUGUCUGGGCCCUUGUAUCUUUACUGUGUAAUCAGACCCUGGCUACCUAAUAGUCCCAACAAAGCUUAGAGAGCUUUGGACCCAGAUCUGGAGUGGAGUGAGUAUUUUGAUGUUUACAUAUAUCUGUGUGUCUCUCCAUCAUUCCAAUGUUACUGAAUACGUGAUUUUUAAAAAACUCCUUUUAUAAAGUUGUCUGUUUGGGACAGUGAGAUUUGACUGUAAUGAAAGCCAUAUUUCUUGGGUAAUGAGUCUAUGCACCAGUGGCUCACAGAAAAGGGGAGUGUGGAAGCUCAGAGUUAAUGUAGUGGUUGGUUUGGGUUUUAUUUGCUCUGUUCUGACUCUAAUCAUGUCAUUUAGAAACCUGAUCCCUCUUGCUGCUAAUGCUUGAUGUUGAAACCUAAUGGAAUUUCAGCAGCUCACCACUGUGACUGCAUUCAAAUCCUUUCUUUCUCUUUCCUGAGGUUUUACAUGUAAUGCCUCAUGAUCAGCAGUGAUGCUACUGUUGGUCUGUGAGAUUUCUAAAGAGUAACGGGACCACUGGUAUAAUACUAUAGCUAUAGGUCUCCUAUUCUGUACCUGGUUCUGUUUCCAGCCAUCGUAACAUCUGCUCACAACUACAAUGUACAGUAGCUUUCCAAACUGAAUGUUCAUUACUAAUUUUUUUGAUAUGGGUGAUGCUGAAGUCUUAUCAUUUGAAACGUUUGUUUUUGUGCUCUUAUAGUAAAACCUCAUUAUUCUUUCUGGAAUUCAAGAUAA